UCAGUUUUUGUCUGUACCUAGGGAAGUGCAAUGUACUUAUUCAGGUGGUGUGUAUGCCUAUGGUAUCUCUGCUAUAUCUGGUCGAGUAGAGUCAGUUGUGUUAGAACAGACAAUUGUUCUCCAGGACAACCAUGCGAACGGCCAAAUGUUACCAAUGUUACAACAUCAAAAAUUUAUAUUUCAAUGUCGUGUCCAUCAGCUGACUGUGAUUGUAAAGCUACCAAGUAUUGGCCAGGGUUACGCCGAUUGUACUUUACCCCCGAAUCCAUAAUAAGAACUACAACAGAGAAAACUUUUGCAUUUACUCAUCUGCAUCCUCACACGUUUUACGCUCUGAACGUAACUGCAACUUAUAAUCAAGAUUGUGCAAAAGGUUUCAAUUCUUCCAGUGAAAUUGUUGUAGUGAUCACUCGGGCAGCAGCAGCAUUGCCUACUCCAAAAAUUGUUCAAGUGAAACCUCGUGAUUCGCAAUCCGCUAAAAUUCAAGUGAAUGUCAAUGACGGAUAUAAAAAUAUUUCUUCAUUUAUGGUCUACUACAAUGGAACAAACACUCCAUUCAAUACAACGAACUCUACUAAAAUCUUGCUUACCGGUCUUACACCGUACACCGCAUAUGAGGUCCGAGUUGCGGCCGUAUUUAGGCCACUCGGUGCUUCUGACAGCUCGUAUGACGUAAGGAGCAACAUGAGUAACGCGAUGGAUUUUGUUACUCUCCGACCAAAGCCUAGCAUUCCUCUAGACGUAUUAGUCGAUGAAGGCUCACUGACUGCUUCGUCUGCUAAAAUUGUUUGGACAGCUCCAGCUACACCAAAUGGCCUAAUCGCAUACUAUACUGUGAGCUAUGUGAUAGGCCAAUUUUCUGUGGCCAACACUAGCUCAGCUGUCAAAACACUUAAAGGAGCAGACAAAAAUUUGAAUUUUACAUUGGAAAAUCUCAAUUCCUGUAGUUGGUACACGACGUGGGUGCAGGCCACAAAAGAGGAAAAAGGCAAGCUCCUUGAAAGUGAUACGAGCACUGUAGCAACAUUCAAGACAUUGGCAAGCGCAACGGAACCUGCAAGGAAUGUGACAAUUGAAAAGACUGGAGCAACGAAUGCUACAAUUAGUUGGUCUUCACCAAGUUGUAAUGCUACCAAACCCUUAAAGAAUUACAAAAUAUUUCUUGAAUCUAACAAAACUGCAAUUCAGCCAGAUAUCAAUCAACCAAAGAUGGAUAUUUCAAAUCUCUCUUCAUCAGUGGUUUUGCGUUCCUUAAUGCCCCUUCGUACAUACUAUGUGUGGGUGGCAGCUAUUUACGAGAACAGCACAACUGGUGAAUCGAUUACUAAAACGAGCAAACCGAAAACAUUUCAGACAUUACCACCGUCAUCUUCUUCACCUCCUUUAAAUGUUGGAGCUUCCAACGUUACCUCGUCGUCAGUCGUAGUCACGUGGUCUAGACCAAAAGAUGUAUUUGGAAUUAUUGCUAAAUACGAUGUUUCAAUACACUCUCUUGAAACAAACAGCAGGGCAAGACGCAGCAAAAAAAUUUUGGAAGUAAACGGUCAGGAUAAUUCGAUUUUUAUUGCAAGUCUUCAUCCCUACACGAAGUACACCGCUAAAGUGCGAGCUGGUACAGAAAUUCCCGCCAAUUCUUCUCACUAUCUUUGGAGUAACUCUAAUAGUAACAAUUUUACUACAGAUGUGUCUGAACCUCCAGUUCCCAGAAACCUGUCGAUUGCGUCAAACCUAACGAAGGAUUAUGGAGGGAAGGUGUUGAUCACUAUUCCUGGUAUUGACAAUACAAACGGUCCAAUCGACGCUGUUGAGAUCAUCGUUGUCGAAUUAAAAUCUGGAGUGGUGUGGUCCUACGACAAACCUCUUCCCAAGAACAAAACUGAUGGCGUGGUCACCAUUACAGCAUUCACCAUUCCAUCAAAUAAAACAGACCAAACGAUUUUGACUGGAGCAAAGACAAGUAAAAUUCCAAUGCUCAAAGCAGGCACUUCAUACGCUUUCUAUCUUCGAUGGACAGUAGAGAAUUCUACGAGAAAGCUGACAUCAACCAGUAAAGCCACCAUUUAUUCAACUAAACCAAUUCCAACUGAAUUGGUUACUGUAGCAACACCAUCGCCGACAUUCUUGUUGUCUUCGUCACCGUCGACAUUGACCCCAUCAUCAUCGCCAGCGUCCACAUCGACUGCCUCGUCGUCGUCAGCGUCUACAUCGACUGCGUCAGCGUCGUCGUCAGUGUCGUCAACGUCCACAACGACUGCCUCGUCGUCGUCAGCAUCUACAUCAACUGCCUCGUGUGUGUUGCGUGCAACAACAAGUCCACCAGCUAGAUCAGAUGAGAAAAAGAAUGUGGGACUACUAAUAGCUGGAGUCGGCACACUGUCCUUCGGUGCUAUUCUGUUAGUACUUGCCGUGUACUUUUUCUAUCAACGAAAACGCUUAGUUGAUGUAGGAGGUGAAAAUGAAUGUAACACAAUGGAAAUAGAAAUGGACGAACAAGAAGAAACGCACCGUGCUAUUGAAUACGAGGCAGUGCUUGUCCCUGCUUAUCUACCCGACGUACUGACAACGAAUCCAGGAUAUGCAAAAUCAUCCGUGGGCAAUAAUCCAGCCUACAAUGUGGCAGUCAUUAACAAUCAAGACGACCGACAGUAGAAUACGAUUACAUUUACCUAGUUAUAGUUGUAGUAGA